AGCAGCUCAGAAGAUGCACGCGGGGCUCCUGGGGCUCUCUGCCCUGCUACAGGCGGCCGAGCAAAGCGCGCGCCUCUGCUCCGUAGUUUACUACUUUGCCACAGGCCGUCUCCUCUGGGGGUGGCUGGCCCUUUCUGUCCUCCUGCCCGGGUUCUUGGUCCAGGCCCUGAGUUUUCUGUGGUUCCAAGCAGAUGGGCAUCAGAGUCACUGGUGGCUGGCAGUACUGCAUCUUCUGCAGCUUGGCGUCUGGAAGCGGCACUGGGACUCUGUGGCUACAGCUCUGUGGAAGGGAAAGGAGGUUUCCUGCUGGGGACAGCUGUACCUGCAGGAGGCUGACCUGUCAGCCCUGCGGCUCCUGGAGGCUCUGCUGCAGACGGGGCCCCACCUGCUGCUUCAGGCCUACGUCUUCCUAGCCUCUGACUUCACAGACAUUGUGCCAGGAAUCAGCGCCCUAUUUUCCUGGUCUUCGCUGUCCUGGGCUCUAGUGUCAUACAACCGUUUCCUGGGCAUCAUGAAGCCAGGCCACCAUACCGUGCUCUGGGCUGCUCUCUUGUGCCAGCAGUUCUGGAGGAUGGGCAUGCUGGGUGCUCGUGUGCUGAGCCUGGUUCUGUUCUGCAGGGUUUACCGUGUGUGGGUUUUGGUGGUUGGAGGUGCUCACUGGCUAGUGAUGACCUUCUGGCUCGUAGCCCAGCAGAGCGACAUUGUAGAGAGCACCUGCCACUGGAGGCUGUUCAAUCUGCUGGUGGGAGCUGUGUUCAUCCUCUGCUACAUCAACUUCUGGGACAGCCCUUCCAGAAGCAGGAUGGCCAGCUUCUACUUGGUCAUGCUGCUGGAGAACUCCAUACUCUUAUUACUGGCCACCGACUUUCUGCAGGGAGCACCAGGGACCAGCCUGUGGACUGUGGUCGGGGUCUUGUCUGGAUUUCUGAUUGGGUGUGCAUCACUGGCUAUUUAUUACAGCCUACUACACCCUAAGUCCUCAGACAUCCAGCAGAGCUUCAUGAGGAAAUGCUGUGGCCCCAUAGAGGAUAACAAGGCUGAAUCAGAGCCUCCUCCCAGGUCCAUGGUUCCCACAGGGGAGAGGCCAGACAGCUCAAGCUGGUGCCAAGAGGAAAGCUAUGAACUAACAAGUCUAGAUAAGGCCCCCAGCCCACAGCAGAACACUGCGGAGGUGGGGCCGGGGGAGCAGACAUCUGGGGAGCACUCUUUCUUCAGCCACCACCACUGGCUGUUGCUGAAACUCGCUCUCAAGACGGGAAGUAUAUCUAAGAUCAAUGCAGCCCUCGGAGGUGACAGCCCUGGCUGCUCCUGUCCCCCUGUGUUGGGGUCAAGUCAACACUGUGAUCUGCAGAGGAAACCCCUGUUUCCCCAGCAAGACCUCCCAUCCUCUCCUCGUGACCCUGCGACCUUGGAGAAAGGGUCUGAGUGCAUGAGGGCUCCGAAAGCAGAGAUGGAGUCAUUGGAAACUUCAAGCUAUCUCUCCUUUGCCAGUGAGCUGGAGGACAAUGCGACGACCCAGAAGCCAGCAGCUACACAGGAGGAUAGCCCAAAGACUGGAGCCAAGGCUGACCUUGCAGCUCCGGGGAAGGAGACAGAUGGUCCCCUGCAGGGAACAGAAGGACAGGAGAGCACAACACUGUAUUUCAGUGCCGCCAUGGACAGCAGCCCAGUGGCUCUGCGGACAUCCCACUCGGGGACUCUGGGAGAGAGCAGGCCUGUGCAGCCUGCAUUGCCUCAGACAGUCACUAAGCCCUUUCCUGUUACCAUGACCAACAUUAGUCCCAUUCCAGGUAGAAACUUCUGCCCCAGUGCGGAGCUCCCUGGAAGAGCCCCAGAUAGUUCAGAGUGUGAGGAGUGGAAGGACCCGGCAAAGGACCCGAGUAUGCAGAGCUCAUUGCCAAAGACGAGGCCGAAAGCAGCUGAAGGGCCCUGCUUCACAUCCACCCCUAAGUCAGAGUCCAUCCAAAGGGACUACAGCUGCAGGGACAGGGUGAGACAGGAGAUGAGUUUUUUCAUCUGACCCUAGCCAAGGUAGAAUAAGACAACAGGUCAAUACAUCAGACUGGCCGCUCAGCAUCCUGGGAAGAGAAAUCCCACACGUGACUCCUGUGUUCUUCUACUUCUGGUCUCCAUCUGCAUACCUGAAAAGAUGAAGGGACAGGAUUGAAUAUUGUCUAACCCCACCCCCGUGUGCAUCACACCUGGCACUGAUGCACAGCAAAACUCACGGACAGUGGGGAGAGGCAAAGGGCUCUCCAGGUCCCUCCAGCUGCUUGAACUCUAGCGAGUCUCUUCAAGGCUUCUAAAAACAAUGCAAAGGUAAAACUCAAGAGGCCAAAUGCAUCCUGGGUCCUUUCUGAUUAACCAUUCCUCACACUGGAUGGCUAUUAAUCACUUUUUAUUUUAAAUUGUCUCCAAGGUCCCUUGAAGCAACCAGUGUAGACAACAGGCUACGUUCACUACUGCCAAGGAGGCUGCUGCUUGCCACCAUUGCACACCAAAGUCCCAUGGGGAAAGGGACUUGCUCGGCUUAAUUAGCUGUACUAUUAAUCACUUUUUAAAAAAUUACUUUUGGGACUGUAGAGAUGUCCCAGCAGUUAAGAACCUGUUCUUCCAGAGGAUGCAGGUUCAAUUAAUUCCCUGUAUCUAUUUGGCAACUCAUGACCACCUGUAACUUCAGCCCUGGGGAGACAACAGUCUCUUCUGGCCUCUGUGGACGUUGCACACACGUGAUUCACAGUCAUAUAUUCACGCAGAAUACCCAAACACCUAAUAUUUUUAAAAAUAAAACAUGUUUCCUUGAUA